GCCCUUUUGAUUGAACCCAUGUUUUCAGCCCUUCCACGCUCGCUCUUUCUCGCAAGCCGCAAUUCAUGGGAGCGGCGAGCGAGAACUGACCUAAUUUCCCGCACGGGCGAGCAAGAGAAGGAGUACGCUUUGCCAUAUAUAAAGGUGCCAGCUAUUCCAUUAUCCUCCUUCUCAAAGAGCACCGACUCCUCACACUUUUCAGUGAUACACUUUCGUCCAGCAGCGAGGUAGUCCCAAAAGGCGAACAUGACGGCCACUACAGCUCCUUGCUCCUCCGAUACUCAAUCACACUUUCGCCGGUCUGAUAACUUUCGCUAUUAUUCGGGACUCCCAAAGAGCCAGCGACCGAAAACUCGGACGCCAAAUUCCGGACACGGGGCCGGUGACUCUACGAACACCUUAUGGACUGAUAUUGAUGAUAUCCUAGAGUCCGAAGGCUUAACGAGGUCAAAUCCGGCACAGCAAUCAGCGGGCGGGGCAUCCACAGGGAACUGUCCAGACACGGCCAUCCUCGUUGAAAACAGCGAGUCCUACACUGGUUCUGAAGAUGAGCUGCCUGCUCUGAACGUAUUGCUCAGUGCGGGCUCGCAAAGACCGGAACUCAGUGGCUCGUCGGCCGCGGAUAGAGCCCGUGAUUCGAGCUCGUCACAAGCGAUAGAGAGCGGUGAUAUCCUGCCACCUGGACAAAAUGACGAACCCUCCAAUGGUGUCGACGUGCCCCGGAGUGGUACCGACAUGUCCCACGAUCGUGCUAUGGAUGACAGCGUCUCAGUAGCAGAUCAUACGCGACUACCAAUUGAGAGCCUUGUGCAAUCUACCGAAACGGCUGAAUCUACUAACCUGCAACCUUUAGAGGAAACGGAUGGCAAUACCAACGAAAACAAUGACCCUAUAAUUAAUCCAUCGUCCAUUAAACAGAGGAAGUGGACCCGUUCCUCCUCCCGCACGACCCCGCCCGCCGACCUCAAUGCUGCGCGCGGCGCGAGAUCUCAACACCAGAUUGAUAGCCAACCGUUGGAGGAGCCGCGUCCGGCGAAGCGGUCCAGACGAUCUCGCUCCGGCGAGCCGCCACCGCCCGACACCGUGGCCCCGAAUAUUGGCUUUGACUCUUCAGGGCGGUGCGAGACUCCACGCAUAUGUCAUCGUGUAGAAAGGCAACUGUCGGGCUCUGGCGAUGCCGAGAUAUCUCCCCAAAACGAUGACGAGGGCGAUGCAGCGAAUAAUAGAGGAAGGGGGCGCAGCGAGCACAUAAACCGCGACCGUUCCGGCAACCGUGUGCUGACCAGCACUAGUCCACCACCGGCCCCGUCUCCCCAUACAAUACGAGCGUACCAGCGACGCGAGACCGACGAUCCCAUUCAGGAGCAUAGCCAGCUAAGAGACACUGCUGACUAUGGUCGUUGCUAUGGCUAUGACACAGACGAAGUGCACGCCGUGGAUGAUGACCACGGAAUAAGGUCGCUGAGACCGCCACUGGGGCGACGGCAUCGAGGCAAGAUCCAGCGUAGGCGUCAGCCAUUCCAAUCAAAUGCCGGGAGGAAUACUCCCACGUUCCCACGGGAUCAACGGGCCACACGCCCCCCGAGCAGUCCGAAUCCCGACCACCCCGCAGCCAGAAGAAACGAUGGAGACAACCGCGACGGCGACGACAGCGGGCCCGUUACCGUGGCCCGGUUUAAUGUGACCGACAUUUCUCUUCGUCCAACUCCCGGUGACACUUUCUUGGCAGCUACGGUUAAGGCCGAUGGCGAUAUCGGGGUGAUCUCUUAUAGCAAGCUGCUCACGCUUAUAGAGAAUAUUUUGGGCGUACCGAAGAUACAAGACAUAACGCUCAAACCGCUCGCAGCAGGACAAUGGCUGCUCACCGGUUUUAUUCGCAAUCAUUAUCUCAAUGCCGGCGUCACCACACAGCACGAGGUCACAUCGAAUCCGCGAAGAGAUACUACUGAGGCCACCGUCCCCAUGGCAAACACUUCGGACUCAGAGGAUGACUGCAGCGUUGGUAGGAGCGAUAGCACCGUCAGCGACGAUGAAGCUGGCGAUGAGAAGUACAUUGACCAAGGUAUAGACGGCGGAACACGCCGUCGGUGGGAACCUUUAGAGGAGCAGCGUUUGUUGGCUUACAAGGCCGAGGGGAAGCCAUGGCCAUGGAUCUUUCGAAAGUUCCCGGACCGGACGCCGGGCGCUGUGCGCGUCCGCUGGCACAUGUUGCAUCGGUCACAGGAAGCAGCGAACGACGCAACGGAGCUGUAGCGCCACGGCGAUGCAUUAAAUCGUAAUGUUCGACAGGAGAUACUGUAGAGAUGAUCGCGAGCUGCGAAAUUGAAGAAAGCCACCUGCAGGAUUGGCUUCUGCUCGGCGUGCAUGCAGCCAGUGAGCUGCAUACAAGGUAGCAACCGCAUUAUCAUUGGUGAAGAAAUUUGGGAUGUAUCGGCUGCCUAUGAUGUUGUCCAUGAAAUAUACGCA